UCUCUCUCAGCCCUAAGCAGAUCUUGAUGGCUUGCUUGAUUAACUGUUUCAGAAACACUGAGACCAAUCCCAGCAUUGGCAGUAGAGAAAGAUUUGGGCUAAGAGAAUAUAGCUAUGGUAAACUAGCAGAUUCAACUGACAAGUUCUCCAAUGCAAAUCUCCUUGGUGAGGGUGGUUUUGGCCAAGUUUACAAAGGAUCAAUAGAUGGCAAAGUUGUUGCUAUUAAGAAACUUAAACAACUUCCAGAUGAACAAUCCAGAGAAGGAUUGGAGCAAGAGAUCAAGGUUGUUAGCAGUGUGAGUCAUAAAAAUCUUGUUAAACUAGUCGGAUACUGUAUCGAAGGACCCAAUAGAUUGCUUGUUUUGGAGUAUGUUCCCCAAAGAUCAUUAAAAUUUCAUUUACAUGGAAACAAUAUUCUAGAGUGGAAGAAUAGAAUGAAAAUUGCUAUAGGAUCAGCUAAAGGGUUGGAAUACCUACAUGAACUAUGCAAACCCAAGAUUAUACAUCGUGAUAUUAAGGCUGAUAAUAUUCUUGUUGACGACAAUUUUGAACCCAAGGUUGCAGAUUUUGGUCUUGCCUUGUUUUUUCCAGAAAUCGGUAGCCUCACUCACAUCUCUAGAUCAAAUAAGGGAACUGAAGUUUAUGCAGAUCCAGAAAAUUAUCCCUCUCAGAAAGUAUCUGAAAAGUCGGAUGUUUAUUCCUAUGGUGUAGUGCUAUUAGAGCUAAUAACCGGGAGAAAAACUAAAGUUGAAGGCAUAGAUAUUGUUACUUGGGCAAAAUCUCGAAUUGAAUAUGCUUUACGCAGUGGAGAUUUUACAAAUCUUUUAGAUCCUAAAUUACAAAUGAAUUGUGUCGAAGAGGAAUUAAGAAUAAUGAUUUGUUGCUCUACAGCUUGUGUAUACAAACCUUCACACUUUCGCCCACUAAUGAAAGAGAUAGUUCGAGCUCUCGAAGGAUAUAUGAGUAUAAAGGAUAUAUGGGAUGAGAAGAAUGACAACAAAUUCUUGAGUGAUAACCCUAAGCCUAAUGGUUCUCAUAAUGUUGACGAGUUCCAGCAUACGGUACCAAAGCCUCUUGUCCUUUCAGAAGCUAUUAAUGGCAUUGAGUCGAGGAAUUUUACUCAACAGGAACUCAUGGUUACAACUAAUGGCUCCUCUAAUACCACUAAAGUCAAUAAGAAGUUUCGAGCUUAUUUUGAAGACGAUUAUAAGCUGAAUAGCUUUACUUAUCAAGAACUUAUAGUGGCAACUAGAGGUUUCUCUGAGGACAACCGUCUUGACGAAGGUCCUUUGGGUCAAGUCUACAAGGGAGACCUAAAUGGUGAAAAGGUGACAGUUAAGAAAUUUAAUAAUCCUAGGAAGCAAGAAGAGGAAUACAAGAAGAUGAAAGCUAUUGGGAGUAGUUUCCAUCACAGAAAUGUUGUUAACCUUAUUGGAUACUGCGAAGAAGGAGCCAACAGACUGCUUGUUUAUGAGUUUAUUCCGCAAGGCAAAUCCUUCAGAUGUUAUUUAAGUGAUGGCGGUUCAACUUUGCCCUGGAUUACCAGAAUUCGGAUCUGCAUUCGUGCCGCGGAUAUUCAGGCUUUGCUGCUCACAAGUGAUGAGUGCUGGUGGGAUCCAUCACUUCAUUGGAAGGACAUCUUUCUUCUUGGUGAUGAUGAUUUAGAACCAAAGUUAGCAGAGUAUGGACGUGAAAAGUUUUUUUCAGAUUUCUCCCCUCAUAAAUCCAAUAGUUGUAUGGCUCCUGAAUAUACUAGUACUAGGAUGUUCACCCAGAAGACCAGAGUUUAUUCUUGUGGCGUAAUGCUUUUAGAGAUGAUAACUGGGAAAGAAGCUGUUGAUGCUGUACUUCAAUGGGCGGUACCUCAACUUGAAAGGGCUCGGUCCAGCGGCAAUUAUGAUUUUGUCGACAGGAGAUUGAAGGAUUAUAAUAAAAUUGAAAUGGAUCGAAUGAUUGCUUGUUCCUUGGCCUGUUUACGUGAUAAUCCACAAGAUCGACCGGAAAUGAGUCAGAUAGUUGAAGUUUUAAAAGGAAAUAUCGAUCUUCAAGAUCUCUGAAAAAGAAAAUUAUAGCUAAACUCAGGACAUUGAAGCAUAAUAGUCGGUUGCUCAAGUUUUGGAUUCUGUCUAUAGGGUAAUUUUUAUCCAUCAUCCCUCAAUUUAUUAGUUAUUACACUUUUAUUUUUCAUAUUUAAUUUAUUACCACAAAAUCCUUCAUCUUUAAAAGUAUUAUAAAAAAACUCUAAAUCAUUUUCGUUAAAUUAUUUGACAAAACUAAUAUGUAACAGUGUUAUAGUAUAAAAAUA